ACUGUUCCACCGGGGUUCUUUGUCUUCUCUCUGUGCUUCUGCUCCCUUUCCCUUAGAAUGGAAAUGAAGUGGACUCUCAUUUUUUGCCUUUGCUGCACACUUGCCCUGGAUGUGGCCUAUGGUGCACCCACAAGGAACUUGGAAGACGAUGAAGAUACUCCAAAGGAUACUGCCCCAAAAAAGGUGAAAAAGAAAGUGGUUAAAGCAACAGCUGCAAAACCGGCAUCAGUGGAAACUGAAGAAGAGAGUGAAGAAACUCCUGUAAAAGCUCCGGUGCCCAGAAGAGAAAACACCAACACAGAAACAGGAACCAAUUCUGGAAAUUCGGGGUCCAAUAUCGGAGGCAGCAGUGGGACCAACAUUGCAAAUGCAGCUGCAGCACCUGCUCCUCUUGCGGGUCCCACAGACAAAAGAGGAGACAAGAAAAACAAGGUCUUUGCAGCAGAUAAAACGAAAUCUGAAGAAGACGACAAAAGCAAAGAGAUAAUCGUUGUCAACUCCCCAGCUAAGAAAAAGCCUGUGAAAUCUGAAGAAGACGACAAAAGCAAAGAGAUAAUCGUCGUCAACCCCCCAGGAGACAAGAAAAACAAGGAAUCUGACGAGGAAACUAAGGAGAAAAAGGACAAGAAACCAGUGGCAGCCUUUGCAGCAGAUAAAACGAAAUCUGAAGAAGACGACAAUAGCAAAGAGAUAAUCGUCGUCAACCCCCCAGCUAAGAAAAAGCCUGUGGAAACUGAAGAAGAAACCGAGAGUGAGAUCAUUGAAGUGCCAGCUGCACCUGUCAAGGCCAAGGGGAGCGACGAGAAAGAAAAGAAAAAAUAUGCAGCUCAAGUGGCCAAGGUAAGUUAGAAAAGUGAGGAAAGUGUGGAAAGCGAGGAACACGUCCAAAGCAAGGAAACUGAAGAAGAAACCGAGAGUGAGAGCAUAGAAGUGCCAGCUGCACCUGGCAAGGCCAAGGGGAGCGACGAGAAAGAAAAGAAAAAAUAUGCAGCUCAAGUGGCCAAGAAAAGUGAGGAAAGUGUGGAAAGCGAGGAACACGUCCAAAGCAAGGAAUCUAAAGAGAAGAGCAAGGAACGUCCUGGAAAGAAUUCAGAAAAAGGAAAGAGCAAGGAAGUAGAGAGUAAACCUGGAGUAGCUGAUACAAGUGAGACGGAAUCUGCAGGAGAGAGUAAGGAGAGCACAAAUCAGGAGAACACAGAGAACACGAGAUACAUCCAUUUAAAUUGGCCGAUAGAUCUGAGGAGACGGAAGAAAAGAAAGAAUCCAAGGAGAAAAGAGUGCCUUUUGCAGCAGCAGCAGCAGCAGUAGCAGCACCAGCACCAGUCGCCGCCAAGGAUGAAAAGGACUGCAGCUUGGAAGACCUCAAAAAACUAAAAAAGGUCGGCAAUGUAGAAAUCUUUGCAAGAGUAAUCGAGACGGAGGAGGCCAGGCCAUGACUUGAUCUUUAUCCACCUCUACCAAAAGCCUCCCCUCUUCUUCUGGAUUGUUCCGUGCCUCCGUCUUAUUGGCCAACUCUCUCCCUAUAUGUACGAUUCACACGUUAUAGCUACCGCCCACUGCUGGGAUAAUGUACCUGAUAUACAGAUGCUCUAUGGGCCACAGAUACUUUGACUAUGGCCAAAAUUACUGGGUUUUCAUCAAUUAUUAACCAUGUAAGCGAUUCUAACAAUCAUCCCAAACAAUCCGUGAUGCCUUCAUUGUCUGAUUACCGAUAAUUAUCCGUACUGUAAUUACAGAGCUUGCUACGGUCACUGAGAUCAUUAACAUCAAGCGCAGAGCUCUGUAUUAAUGACAACUCGAUCAUUUCAAGCUUAUAACAUACAUUUUAUAUAGACGCUAAUAACGCUAAUUCACUGCAAAUGAUUUUAUGUGAAUAAAGGCAAAGAAACACUUCCUAAUGAUCCAGUUUAAUUACAAGGGAAAUAUUAACACAGAUAAUGAGAUUCGUCUCGUCAAUAAUGCAACAACGGAAUUUCUGAAAGAAUGAUGUUCUCCAUUCAUUUUAUCGUUCUGAAUAAUAUAGAUACAAAUACAACUGUGAAUAAUGAAUUUUCGUCAUUUUAAAAAUGUUAUUUCCAUCCAAAGGAAAACGAUGAUGCAGUGCUUUGCCCCAAUGCAAAAAGCAUUAUAGUGUUAUUAUCAUUAAAGGAAUAAUAAAGAGGAAAUUCUCACCGUUCGAAAUGAAUAUAUACCAAGGUUUAUAUUACAAAGAAGUACAGUGAUAUAGCUUAUUAUGAAAUUCUAAUAUGUACACUGAUCUACUUUUAAUAAAGGGUAAUUACCAUG